GAACAACUUGCUGUUAUUGUUUCAGGGCAAUCUCUCGGAUCCAUAGAGAAGGAAAGCUCACGAGGACGAUCGAGCAAUCUCUCAGAUUCAUAGAGAAGGAAGGCUUGAGAGGAGAAUUAAUGAAGAUGAUGGUCAUGGAUGGAAAACAAGAGAUAUUUUGGAACACCAGCUGCUCUUUCUCUACCAAGCCUUCUUCUUCUUCCUACCUCCCUCUCUCCUCUUCUUCUCCAACUUUUCUACAUCCUCCAACUUCGUGAAGCUUCUCAAGAAAUCAGAUCGAAGUCUUUAUUCCUUUUUUUUUUUAAAAAAAAAACUGCAAUUUUUUUUUUCUAUUGCUUGACGUGAGAAUCAAAUCGAUAUGCAGAAGCUCAGCAGCUCGUAUUCCUUCAAUGUGGAAGAGAAGGGGAAAAACAGAGCGAUGAAAUUGGACUACUGCAAGACGGAAGAGGAAGCAGAGGAGCUCGGAGAGAAGAAAAGGCGGCUCCGCGUGGAGCAAGUCGAGGCGCUGGAGAAGAAGUUGGUGGCGGAGGAGAAGCUUGACCCUGAAAAGAAGCAAAGACUCGCACAGAACCUCGGCCAGCAGCCGCGGCAGAUGGCCGUCUGUUUCCAAAAUUGCCGCAAACGGUCUAAGAUGAAGCAACGGAAGCGCGAUUUCGAAGCCCUCAAGGCCCGCCACGACGCCCUCAAGCUCGAUUGCGACGCCAAACGCCGCCAAAACCAGGCUCUCAUCUCCCUAAUAACAGUACUUGGAUUUCUGUGGAUGAUUGAUUCAGAUACGUGAGCUGGAAUCCAAGCUCGCAGAAUCAACAGGGUGCGAGAUGGAGACGACGGGAAGGCUUCUUCCGAACUACAACUACACGGACGGGGCUUCGGAUACCGAUUCCAGCACCAGCAGCACGCUGUUGAAUGGCGAAGCAAACUAUGGCGACCAGUACUGUUUGCUUCCCGAACAGCGCACACCAAACUUCUCCUGGCGCUACUCUGACAUGGAUGACACAGACUAAGCUUGAAGCGAAUUGCCAACCCGUAGAGACAGACUAAAAAUGGAAGCGAUCGAGAGGCGCGAUUCAAUAAGGAGACGAAGCGACUGCUGCUUCUGUUGGAACUGGUACUUGGCAGGGGGGCGUACGGGCAUGGUAAUUUAGUAGCUUCCGCUUGUAGUUUCGAUUACAUGUAAGAAAUGUGAUACUGCAGUUAGUGACAUCCUAAACGUUGCUUAUGUACUUUGCUGUGCAUUCAGUUGUAUGAAAAAACAAUUUGGGUGGUGUGCCUACGUACGCACGUUUUAUA